UUCUCUUUCCCUUUUUCCAUCAAUCGCCACCCCUUAUCCAACCCACCUCCUCUCUUUCCACACCAACCCUAAACCUCCUCCCUCUGUUUCCAUAUGACGCCAACACUAAUCCUCCACAGCCCACACCAACACGGCAACACCAAUCCCUCUCUCUCUCCCAUAUCCAUACACUUGCUCCGUCCCUCUCCUCCUUGUCGUUCGCCGCAUGUGCCUGGCUGGUGGCGCCCUCUACCGUCUAGCUUCCACCGCAGCAUCACCAGAGUCGGCUGCCUCAAUGGGAGCGUGCCCGUCGAUGAAUGAAAGGACCAGGCGAGAAGCCACGCUAGAGGCAAGAUGUCAAAAUUAGUUUGGGGCUUAGGGUUUUCGUUCCAGACCCAGUGCUCUCCUUCUCUAAGAGAAAUCCCAGCCAAGAGAACGACGUUGCACAAGAAAAGGCGCCUCGUAAUGUGUACCCUGCUGACCGGCUCUAACGGGUCAACCGCUCGGGUUUCACUGGGUUUAACAGUAGAUAUCGUAAGAUCGUCAAGACUCAAACCGGCGAUCAUGAAUAUGAAAAUGGAUCAAUGUUUAGACUUUAGUAAUUACUUGCUCUUUCCUAUAAACUCGCUCUUUCCUCUUGGGUGUUGUAGAUCCCUAACCAAUACUUUGUAAUUACUUGCUUAGAUUGAAUGAUUUUGUGUGAGUUUGCAUAAGUUUGAGUAUUAGAGGUGUUUUCAUGGUGAUUGUGCUUAGUUGUGCUUUCCAAAUCUUGUGUGCUUGCCUAACCUAGAUUAGGAGAAAACCACUCCUUUUUAGGUAGGCUUGACAAGCUUGGUUUUCCUAGUCAUUUUGUGCCUACUAUCUAGGUUAGAGAUGAGCAUCCCCCUUGACUCAAGUUUGCAUCUAGGUUGUUUGUGAUUAAGUCGCUCAAACUCCGGUUUGAUGGAGGGACCUAGACAACCACUAGUGACUGAGUGAGAGGAUCGAUACCGUGAAAAAUCGAUCUCUAGUGAAUCCAUCCUGUGACAAAUGGAUCACUACUUCCUCCUCCUAGCAGUUCCCCUAAACUUGGUGAGUGGAUCGAUCCCGUGACAAAUCGAUCGCUAGGGAUUCUAUCCCGUGACAAAUCGAUCACUAGUUGCUCACCCCCGCAGUUCACAAACACCUACGCCACACGACUCCAUUCAAUCCAACGAGUCGUGGUAGCUAGCUAGGGGGAAGCAACUCUCAAGUGAAGCUCCCUUAGUUAGAGUUUUCCUUUAUUUACUUUUCUUUGCUUGUUUAGUUUGUAGUUCCAUUAGUUAUAAACUCAAAACUGUUUUGCUAGAUAACAACUUAAGUGAUUAAAGUAGGGGUACAUUGGUCGGGCCGAGUCGAUAUUUAAAUACUUUCUCUAUACUGCACCCGUCUAGAGUUUAAAAACUUGGACUCUAGUCGGGAUUAAUUUGUAGUGUAGUUUCGUGCGAGUCAAGUUGUUAUGUUUGUUUUAUGUUUAUUGUUCUCCAAAAGCAAGCUGGUACGAUUUGUCUUGUAGUACCAAGCUUGAGUAUUUAAACCCAACUAUGAAUGAGAAACACCCAAGACUUCUAGGGUUUCAUUUUCCCCAACUCAUCUUUGUUGUUAUGGUAUCAGAGCCUCUAGAUCCUAGAGAACCCUAAAACCUUCUACCCUAAAAAAUAAGGACUAUGUCCAGAUCUGAAAUUUUCUAUUCAUAAAUCCCAAAAAAAAAUAGAGUAAGUUGUUCUUCGUUAAGCUCAAUCUCUAUUUUGUUCUUCCUGGAUCCGAAUCAUUUCCCUUAUUGCAUCUCUUUUCCCAUUUUUCUACCCUAAAUCUAAACCACCAACCGUACGUCCAUCACUCCAUCUCAAUCUCUCUUCCACUCCUCCCCUGUUAAUUUCCCCACCCAGAAAACCAAAAUCCCCCCAAACUUCACAAGUCAUCCUUCACUUCGUCUCCACAUCUCGCCCAGAACACAUACACCAGAAAAAUCCCCAAAUCCGGCAAAGACAUCUUUCUCAGUCAUCUGAAACCCGCGAACGAGCUUCACGGUCUGGAUCCUCGCGGCGGAGCUGGAGAACGAAAACGAAAUCCAGAAGUUUCGCAAGCAAAUCAGGCUACCGAUAACGACUACGCUGACGCCAAGAUCCUACUUCCCCAGCAUCCUAGCUUUCGACGCUCGUCCUCAGCCAUGUCAAAUCUUCUCUCCACAACAAUUUGAUCUAAUACGAGCUACAACCGGCGAAUCCAGACCGCUGACGAUCGGGAUCUCCGAACCCAAGACUAGGAAACGAUAGACGUGAGGAAGUGCCAAAGUGAAGCAGAUCUGAAAUCAACCAUUCCCGUAUCCCCAGCCGUCGUGUAGAAGCGGAAGAAAAAGGCGACGAAUCAGCUGGAGUCAAAGUGUCGCCUCAUUCAACUCUGGGGACCUCUACAGCCGACAGAUCUGAAAUCGUCACGAACAACCACUCUGCUCUUCCCCAAAUCAGCUCGCUGGAGGUGUUCGCCGUUAUCGACCGCCUUUCACUCAACAGUUAUUGUUGUUGACAUGGCCAAGAAAGGGCCAUUGGAGAACCCAUUCAAGCAAGCGAAGUCGGACAAAGAAGAAGUCUUAGAGGAAGCCCCCGCUGCGAAAGAACCGAAAGCAAAGGAAUACGCCACAGUUGCUUUGGAUUCGAACGAACCUGGCACAACCACCAUAUCGGCUUACCCUUCUCGUCGCGGUAGCCGCAAUUUGAAGCGGAACAACAGCAAGGAAGCAGCAGCUCGGAAAAUAAGCUUCGUUCCUGGGGAAGAUAUCGAGAAUGUCAGAGAAGAAGUAAGCAGAACAGGAAAAAAAAGAAGCUGCUAGUUCCAGCAGCAGCAAUAAAAAAAGAUCUGUUUCAGCAAGAGGAAGAGAAGGCAGCAGCCAAAAUAUGUUGCAGCAGAGGGAAGAAGCUUACUCCAUUAUUGAGUUUGAAGUCAAAAAAAUUGAAUGCUUUCUAGCUAAAGAAGCAGCAGCAUAUUUUCAUCAAAUUGGAGAAGCAGAGGGUAGUAUUCAAACAGUACACUCCCCUGCAAAAUUGAAAGUUUGUUUAUUUUGUGUAUGGAAUGCGAGCAAGCAACAAGAAGCAGCAGCAUAUCCUACCACUUUGAUGUCCCAAUUGAAGCUGGAGAUGAGAAGGAUAGCCACUAGCAAUAUUGCAGCGGCAUCCUUAAUUGAAGAGAAUACCGAAAAGCUAGCUAACCAAAGAUGCAAUGGCUUGCCAACUAAGAAAAAGGGAUGCCAACUAGCCAAAGAUGCUGUGGUAUCACCGAUUGAAGAAGAAGAAGAUUUCAGCUAGCUAGCCACAGAUGCAACACCUUUUUCAGAAGAUGUGGGAAGUUAGCUAGCAAGAUGCAGCAGCUUCAUCAUUUGAAAAUUGAAGGGAAGUUAGCUAGCCAAAGUGCAACAUUCUCAAAUCAAGACUGUACUUUCUCUCCAAACUUGGUGUGCACAUUCUGUGCUCACCCGCUUGUGGGGGGGGGGGGGGGGGGGGGGGGGGGGGGGGGGGUAACAGGAGAUAUCAAAAGAUCGUCAAGACUCAAAUCAUCGACCAUGAAUGUCAAAGUGGAUCGGCCAGAUUUAGAGGAAAUCAUUAUCAUCAAGUUUAGUUUAAUGUCAAUGUGUGUUUAGAUUUUAGUUUGAGUUAAUGUUUUAUCUUUGUAGUCUCCAAAUGCUAGCUUGCACAUGUUGUCUUGUAGUGCAAAGCUCUUGCCUAUUUAAAGCAAAGUAUGAAUGAGAAACAUCCAAGGUUUCUAGGGGUUUCAUUUUCCACAAUUCAUAUUUGUUGUUAUCUUCUGAAAAGCUGCUUCACCAUUUGAAUUGAAGUUUGAAGGGAAGUUAGCUAGCCAACAGUGCGGCAACAUUCUCAAGUAAAAAAUGUAUUCUGUC